CUCGGCAUCUCGCCUCCGAAGCUCCUCCGCCAAACCUUCGAGUCCCUCGGGGCGACGUACGUGAAGAUCGGGCAGUUCGUGGCGUCCGCGCCCUCGGUGUUCCCACCGGAGUACGUCGCGGAGUUCCAGAAGUGUCUGGACGCCACCGAUCCCACCGACUUCGCCGUCAUCAAGCGAACCGUGGAGAAGGACCUCGGCGUUCGUUCCAUCGACGACGUCUUUGCCUCGUUUGACGCCGAGCCCAUCGCGUCCGCGUCCGUCGCGCAGGUGCACAGGGCCGUGCUCAGGGCGGGAAACAAGGAGGUGGUCGUCAAGGUGCUGAAACCGGACGUGGAGGACACGCUGAAAGCGGAUCUGAGCUUCGUGCUGGUGGUGUCCAAGGUGUUGCAGUUUCUCAACCCCGAGCUGUCAAGGACCUCGCUGGUGGACAUCGUGGGCGACAUCCGCGCGUCCAUGCUGGAGGAGGUGGACUUCAAGAAGGAGGCUCGAAACAUCGACGCGUUCCGCCGGUACCUCGACGACGCGGACUUAAACUCCAUAGCCAAGGCGCCCUACGUCUACGCCCAGUUCAGCGGCGAGAGGGUCAUGACGAUGGAGUACUUCAAGGGCGUGGCGCUCACGGAUUUAGACGCCAUCAAGGGCGUGAGCCGAGGAGACCCGGAGGCGACGCUGGUGAACGCGCUCAACGUCUGGUUCGGAUCGGUGCUGGCGUGCGAGAGCUUCCACGCGGACGUGCACGCGGGUAACCUCAUCGUGUGCGAGGACGGGAAGGUGGGUUUCAUCGACUUUGGCAUCGUGGGGCGGAUCCCCGCGGAGAUCUUUGGAGCCAUCCAGGCGUUUUUCCAAGCCACGGCGGCGAGGGACUACGAUCGCAUGGCGUUAGCGCUGGAAACCAUGGGCGCGACGGAGGGUACCGUGGACAAGGCAAAGUUUGCGGCCGACUUGCGGGCCAUAUACGAGGCCCUGGACGCCAUCGAGCCCACGGUGGUGGUUCAGGGGGAGGCGGCGGCGGUGAGCGUGGACCAGGCGCAGGUGACUCGGCUGGCGACGGAUCUGGUGACGUGCGCCGAGGAGAACAGGGUGAAGCUGCCGAGGGCGUUCGGGAUCCUGUUCAAGCAGCUCAUCUACUUCGAUCGGUACGUGCAGCUGCUGGCGCCGGACAUGGACGUCAUCGACGACGACAGGGUC